AUGCCUAAGAAGAAGCACUACAAGCGACCCAAACGGCCCGAACGCUCGCAGGAGCCACAGCCAGAGCCUGAAAGCGGCGAGCACGACACUCAACCCAUUAGUGCCGACGAAAGCAUCGACAAGAACCUGGGCGGCGGCUCCACCGCCUUGGUCCCAGCUCCAGCGACCGAGCAGAAAGCCGACGAGUAUCCCCCGGUGCAGUGGUAUGAUGUCUCGACGUUCGGCUCAUCAUACACUGCCGGCGGCGAUGUGGAACUCCCGAGCCGCAUGCCUGUCAACGACCGUGUUCUUAACCAGGAGGACAAGUCUCUCAACAAGCAGCUCUGGUCGCUCUAUCCUGCCGACGCGCCCAUUGAGACAGUCUGGAGGCAAGGCCCGGGCCUGUUUGCCGUUGUCACGGGCCCCAUCCAGCCUGAAGCGCUCACUCUCGGAGCCCUCUCCACUCGUCUGGGGUCACACGCCACCGAACAGCGCGUGCGUCUCCUCGUCCUCACCAAGGUCGUUUCGAAGGAGCUCGAGGACCGUGGCGUGGUCAACCGCCCGCCGGAGACUCGCCGCGGCGCCAAUUACCGUGACGUGCUGGACGUGUACGUCGCGCCCGAGAUCGCAGAGGUGAAGAAGCGCCACGAGGUCUCGCCCAUCCUGGAGGCUGUGGCCAAGCUGGAGGCUGCCAAGCACGGGUACACAGAAAGCGCGAAGAUCCACUCCUUCAUUGAAAAGCGCAUCUUCUUGCUCGGCGCCAUACUUCGCACCUACAUGCGACUCCUCCUCGAGAUCGCGCCCUGGCACCCAUACCCCGACGUCUUGACCGCCGAGCAAGCAUUCUCAAGCGGCGUAGCCCAACUCCACGCCUCGCUCUUGUACAACUGUGCCCUCGUCUGCUUCCGUGUAGGGCACGAUGACUGCCGCUUCCUGUUGCGCUGCCUUCAGUUCGCGGUGAUGCUCAUCGAGACCCGCUUCAUCAGCCACCGCCUCCUCAUCAAGACCAUCUGUCUGUAUCGCGACGCCCACUACGAACUAAGCGCACGCGGCCAUAUCCAUCACCUCUCCCUCGGCAACCCACCCAAACCUCACCUCGACGACAUUCGCAAGCUGAUCCAGAGGAUGGAGAAGAAGGCUGCCAACCCCGACGCGUGGGCGCACGAGCACUGUCUCACUGCGGUGCACGAGGGGUGCAUGUAG